AUGCCAAACCCCCCGGACCCUCCGCCAACGCCGAGAGAAAAUGAGGUUAGUUGUGUGGCGUGCAACAAGUCUGAUUUGCCGGGUAACUUCGUUCAAUGUGACGCUUGUGAUUCCUGGUGGCACUUUGCGUGUGCCGGCGUCGAUUCAUCGGUUAGUGAACGAGCAUGGAUGUGUACCAAGUGCGAAGCCGCCCCCAGUGUAUCGGCAAAAAGCAGUAAAUCGAGUAAAAGUGGAUCGACUGUCGCUCGCGAUCUUGAACGACUGAAACGGCAGCAGGACAUUGAACAGCAGCAGGCAAAUUUGAAAAAGCAACGCAACAUUUCUGGCGAGUUGCAUCAGGAAGAGCUGCAGGCGGCGGAAGUGGUAAUCAUAAAGCAGGUGCAGUGGAAAACGUUUCCGGACGAGAUGUCGAUUCUCACGAAGAACAAGUCUGCUGGGGAAGGUGAUGCGCAACCGAUUCCAAAAAGCAGUUCGGUGUAUCAACUGGUACCUAUGCUGGAUGAAUACGGAGUUAUGCGACAGAGUGGGCGCAUUGGAGCAGCCAAACAUGCGUCGUACAAUCUCCGGCAUCCUGUGAUUCUUCCCAGAAGGAGUGAAGUGACUACACUCGUGGUAGAUAUGUACCACCGGAAGUAUAAGCAUGCUAACCCGGAAACCGUAGUCAAUGAGAUCCAGCCUCGGCCGUACAUUCCUCCGAUGGCUCCACUUCCAGCAGCUCGUCUUGCAGUCUGCAGCCGUCCAUUCAGUUUCGUCGGAUUGGACUAUUUCGGUCCGUUGUUGGUGAAGCAAGGAAGAGCGAGCGUGAAGAGGUGGAUCGCACUUUUCACUUGUCUCACCGUGCGCGCAGUCCAUCUUGAAGUCGUGCACAGCCUGACUACUUCGUCAUGCGUUUCCGCCGUACGAAGGUUCAUCGGCCGUCGAGGAGCACCAGUAGAGAUACACAGCGAUAAUGGGACCAACUUUCAAGGCACCGAACGACUUCUGCGGGAACAAAUCGAGCAGGGGCUAUCCGCAACAUUCACCAGCUCGAAGUGUGAAUGGAUCUUCAUACCGCCAGGUGCCCCACACAUGGGCGGCGCCUGGGAAAGGAUGGUACAGUCAGUAAAGGCCGCGAUGGGUGAAGCUUACGGGGAUGGGAAACUUGACGAGGAAGGACUUGGGACUUUGGUUGUGGAGGCUGAGAGCGUAGUGAAUUCUAGGCCUUUGACGUACUUGCCGUUAGACUCGGAUGAAUCCGAAGCCCUGACUCCGAACCAUUUCUUGCUCGGGAGUUCAAGCGGAGUCACGGAACCAAGCCGGAACAUUCGCUAUCAGCAGCAGAAUCUACAGAAAACGUGGGUGGAUAUCCAACAGCAACUGGAUAUCUUCUGGAAACGAUGGCUGAAAGAAUAUCUGCCAGUCAUUCGUCGGCAGCCGAAGUGGUUCGAAGAAGUAGCGAGGGAAAUCAGGAUUGGUGAUUUGGUCCUCAUCACCGAUGAUGGAAGACGAAGCGAGUGGACCAGGGGACGAGUGGAGCAAGCUAUUCGAGGAACUGAUGGAAGAGUACGUCAAGCUAUCGUGCGGACCAAAGGAGGUAUUAUGUGGAGACCGGUAACAAAGAUUGCCUUGCUGGAUGUUGGAGAGAUCCGUGCAGUCUUGGUCGAUGGCAAGAUGCACCCGGCGGAGGAUGCAUUUACAGCUUUGAAGCUGAUAUAA